GCCAGCGAUGGGCGCGCCGCGUCUGUUGUUGGAGAUGCUCUUAGUACUACCACUAGUAAUUAGCAGCGCCUAAUCAAGCUUGCAACCUCUGUGGUGGCGCUUCUUAUAUCUUGCUCCUCGCUCGCUUCUCGGACAGGUUUCCUCAUUUGGGUUUCGCUCACCGUGGCCCUCUGCUCUGCUCCGACUCCGAGGAGAGUCUGCCGCUCCCAGCUGCUCCCCUGACCCUCGAGUGAUUUCUAAGGGGAGACGAGGAGGGAGGGAGAGAGGAGGAGCAAUGGGGGAGAGCGAGUACCGGUGCUGGGAGGAGCUGCUGCCGGACGCGCUGGGGCUCGUCUUCCGCAACCUGCCGCUGCAGGAGGUGCUGACGGUGGUGCCGCGGGUGUGCAAGUCCUGGGGGCGCGUCGUGGCCGGGCCCUACUGCUGGCAGGAGAUCGACAUCGAGGAGUGGAGCCAGCAGCGGCACAGCCGCCCGGACCACCUCAUCCGCAUGCUCGACCUGCUCCUCCGCCGCAGCUCCGGCGCCUGCCGCCGCAUCAGCGUCUCCGGCCUCCCCUGCGACCCGCUCUUCUCCUUCAUCGGCGACCACGCGCGCGCUCUGAGGACGCUGGAGAUCCCGCGGAGCGAGAUCAGCGACGCCGUGGUGGAGGCGGUGGCGCCGGGGCUGCCCAACCUCACGUUCCUGGACAUCAGCAGCUGCACCAAGAUCGGGGCGCGCGCGCUGGAGGCGUUCGGCCGCCACUGCCGGUCCCUGGCGGCGCUCCGGCGCGUGAUGCACCCGAUCGACGUGGCCGGGCGCAACGCGUGCGGGCAGCACGACGAGGCCCGCGCCAUCGCGCGCACCAUGCCGGCGCUCCGCCACCUGGAGGUCGGCUACAUGCUGGUCACCACGGAGGCCAUCCUGGAGGUGCUCUCCCGGUGCCGGGGCCUGGAGUUCGUCGACCUGCGCGGCUGCUGGGCCGUCGACGAGGCGCUGCUGCGGGCGCGCCACCCGCGGCUCAGCGUCCUCGGCCCGGGCGUCGACGACUGCUUCGAGAACAGCUACUGGGAGGAGUGCUCCGACGACGACUCUGAGGACGACGAGGUCUACUCGUGGGAGCUCAUGGACGACGACGAGUACUACGGCGUGGUCGGCAGCGACGACGACGAGGCCGUGUGGGGCGACGGGCCGGGCCUCGUGGAGAACCUCGAGGUGCGGUUCUACGGCGGCGGCUUCAGCGAGAGCUACGCCGGCAUCGACUGGCCAGCGUCGCCGUGACAGCCCCGGCCGUUCGUCCGUGCUCACCUUGACCGCAGAAAGAAGCCAAUCAUCUUUCUCGUUCUUGACGUUCCUAUGGUCGUUCAGAUAUGCGUUUGCGUGCGUGCCAGUAGCUUAAUCUGGGUGUCUGAUGUAAACUUAAUCUGAUUUGAAGUUUUUUAAAAACUUAAUCUGAUGUUUACAUGAAGCAAAUCAAGAUGGUGUUUACAUGUACCA